CCUGGAUAUGCGAUCGCACUCACCCAGAUCAACAUCCAUCGCGACCAUCUUUGUCCGUUUUGAACUUUUCCUAGCUGCAGCUCUUGAAGGUCGCUUUGUCCCUGAUCCACCGAGGUCGACAGACGAAGGAAGACCUUUCCCUUUGACGCUAAACUUGAUCUUGAGGGCAGCGCUAGGGGAACUCUGAGCUACUCGUGUGGACGACGCAGUGGUGGAAUCACCACUCAUGCUGGUACCUGUUUUGCUGGUGGAAGCGGUCGCCUGUGCUCUGGCUUGUUUCGCGGCUGUCCGAGAGGUCGUGGCUUUUGGUAAGACUUCGGUAUCAGUGCGUUGGAAUCAGGAGCAAGUCAAGCGAUCCGAAUCCGACCCACUCACGUUGAGAGAUCACCUCCUCUUCCUCCUCCUCUUCGCCUUCUGCAUCUUCGUCGAGCUCCUCAUCCUCCUCCCCCUCCGCGUCCUCAUCAGCACCGUCUACCUCCAUGUCUUCGGCUUCAUCUUCAUCUUCCCCGUCUUCCUCGCCCUCCUCUUCGUCCUCAUCGUCCUCUACGUCAUCCACCUCUUCGCCCUCGGCAUCAUCGUCUUCUUCGUCAUGGGGAACAGGCUUGGGGGACUCAGACGUGAUGACAUGACCGCGCCUCGAGCGAGACGCAACGCGGGACAUGUCAGUCAGACGAUUGAGGGAUAAAUGAGGGAGUCUCCACCGGAUCUUCGUUCCCAAUCGUGAACGGAGCGGUGUGAGUAUGCCAGAGAUGCCAUUGGUGGCCCACCUCACAAGGCACGAGGAGAUGCUUCGGCAUUUCAAU